AUGACUACGUCGGUGCCGCCUUACUCGAGGGUGGCCUCGAUAUUCUCCAUAUUGUUCAGAGGAGCCUGCUAUGUCUUCUUCCGAAUUAUCCCUGGUCGAGUUGCUCCUCCAAUCAUCGUACUUUUCUAUGGUAUCUACACUCUGGCUUAUUGGCUAGGAGGCCGCCAAGUCCCAGCGCUCGACAGGGCUAAGCUGGAGGCAGCCAAGGAAAAGCAGGCAAACGGCAGUGGAAACGGACAUGUCGACGACACACCCGCAAUCGCAAAAUAUCGAGACACGGACAAUGCUCCCGGUACUACAAUGCUCCUCACUCUGCCAUCUUCAUCCCGCAUGCUUCGUCGUAUCUCCCUUGCGGCAAAUUCGAUCCUCUUCCUUAUGGCAAUGGACUACGUUAGCAAGCCCCACUUCCAACCAGCCAAUGAUCUCCAGUUUGCUCGGGUUGGCGCUGUUGACAGCACAAGCGCCAAGAUUGUAGUUCGAUACCCUGGGCCACCAGAGCCAUCCACUACGGCUGCUACUACCACUACUACUACCACCGAUGCCCCUAUACCGACACCAAGCAUCAUUGAAGCCAUUCAUGACGCUGUUGAUGGCAUUUUACCUGAAAUCACGCUUCCGGAGAUUGUCGAAGAAUUGCUCACACCUGCUCCUACUCCCCGUACCACAUCCCUACGCGUUCAAUGGAGGAACGCCGGGUUGGCUUCAGGGACCUUGGAGAGCGUUUGGACCGAUGGACCAAUUGUAGAGAUGUCCGAAUCUCGCGACUGGGUGGGCAUGGUGAAAUUAACUGGCUUGCAAGCUAGCACCGAGUAUGAGUACCGAUUGGUGGAUCUUGACGGAGAACUAUGGUCAUCCGCCGGAAACCAGCUGUCAUUCCGUACCACUCCCGACUCUCGUUUGGCCGGUGGAAGCCACUUCCGUUUCGUUUCAACAAGUUGUGUGAUUCCAAAUUUCCCCUAUAGCGUAUUCGCCGAAAGCACUCAUAUUAGAGGUUUUGACCUGCUCGCGGACCAUAUCUGGCCGGCUCAACUCCAAGCCAAAGAGACGCCUUCCGAGGUCCAGGAAGAGCCGGUAGCAGCACCUGCUGCAGAAGAAAGCCCUGAGCCAACAGAUGAGGAAGCGCCUGAAUCCGCCAUACCGACAUACACUGUCGUUGAUGCUACUCCUUCGCCCCUAGAUAGCGAGCAAGUUCCACUGGUCUCGACUGAGGUGCUACCUGAGACUCCCUCCAAGCCCGCACCGAUGGUCGAGUUCCUCAUGAUGAUGGGUGACUUUAUCUAUGCGGACGUGCCUUACUACUUUGGGGAUACGAUCCAAGCUUAUCGCCGCCUGUAUCGUCGCGUGUACGCCAGCAAGAGCUUCAGGAGGAUCUAUGAACGCCUGCCUACGUAUAAUAUCUACGACGAUCACGAAUUCAUUAACAACUUUGGCGCCAAUGGAAACGACUCUAGUUCUCCUUAUCUAAAUGCUUCUCAAGCAUACGAAAUUUAUAAUGGACAGGCCAAUCCUGACGCGAAAACGAAAGGUGUCUAUUACUAUGACUUCCGACAUGGCGACACUGCGUUCUUUGUUAUGGAUACUCGGCGAUACCGAUCUCCCCCUCCUACUCAGAAGCCUUAUCCCUUCCCAAUGAAUCUAUUCACUCCUCUGAUUCAAGCCGUCGCAGAGGGCAGGAAUCCGUUUGCAGCUUAUUUCGGCGAACCGAACUCGCCCGUAUCCAGCAACCCCAUCGCUGAAGCCGUAGACGAAACCUCCCGAACCAUGCUUGGAGAGGCUCAACUGGCUGCACUCCACUCUUGGAUCGCUGAUGUGAACCAGACUGCUACGUGGAAGUUUGUCGUGUCGUCCGUGCCUUUGACAGCCAUGUGGGCAGGCUAUGAUGGACACGUGGACUUGUGGGCAGGGUACAUGCACGAGCGUGACACGGUCCUAUCAUUGUUGAGCAGUGUGCCGAAUGUAGUCGUGCUUAGUGGAGAUCGCCACGAGUUUGCUGCAGUUGAGUUCCCGAGGGGGAAGCACCUUGUACGGGAAUACUCGACAAGUCCUUUGAACCAAUUCUACGUUCCAUGGGCUCAUACACUCAGCCCCAAGAAUGCCCGUAAUAUUACCUUGGUCAGACAGAACAUUAUUACUACCGAAACUGGAGAGGAGCACAUUGAGGAAGUCGCGGAAGAGGUUGAAGAGGAAGUUUUGGUCAAGUACCACCCCAGUGGUAAUCAUAAAUGGACCACAAUCGAGGUGGACUCGACGGACUCGAACGCUCCUACUCUCAAGGUCGAGUUGUAUGUUAAUGGGAAACUCGAGUGGGAUCAAAAGGUAGUUGGAGAGCCCGUCGAGCUAUCGCACCCGACCGCCCUUGCUAUUCCCGCCCAAGUCCAAGGAGUAGUUCAGUCACUCAAGAAUUCGCUCAAGGGGUGGUUCCGCUCGCACUAG